AUGUCCACCCGUUCUUCAGGCUCUGGUUCUAGUUCUGGAACAGCAAGACCCAAAAUCGGAGUCAAAGACGAAGACUUUUAUCCCACUUCUCAAUGGAACGCUUUCAAACAAACCUUCUCAAGUCUCGCCAAAGCAGCAAAGAAGAAGACCACCACAAAAUCCGGAACACUUACGGUCAAAUCAUCCUCUGCUCUUUCAAAGGCUUCAUCCGGUGGUGGUGGUAGAAAUUCAUUACCUCAUGCGUUAUUACCUUCUCAGCAAGAGAGUUGUUCGACACCCACGAGUCCAGUCACAGCAACGACGACGACCAUACAUUCUGGACAUUUUCAUCACUACAACACUCAAGGUGUUUCAACAGGUGAUUUAGAAGGAACGUUGCAGAGAAAUCUUUCAAUUUCGAGUAUUGAUGAGGAGGUGCUGUCAUCAUCGAAGAGUUCACACGGAAAUACCACUCCACGAGAAUUCAAUAACAAUGAUAGUGCUGCUGCUGUCAAUGUAUCAUCACAGAUGAUUGUUGAUGAUAACAAUGAUGUACUUUCAACAGCUUCUUCAUCGGGUGAGAGUGGAGUCGUGUUGGAAAGUGCUGGAUCACAACAACAAAAAUCCGAAUUGCAAGCAGUGAUGAAUUCAACAGCAAUAUCCUCAACGGUCUUUGAAGAUUCUCCAACAGUUGGCACUCCAGUUUCAUUUGUGACUAACGAAGAGACGGAUGCUGCAGCCACUCCAGCCGCAAAUGAAGACAUGUAUCAAGACAAUGAACCUGUCAACACAGCAGAGGAUUCACUGUAUGCUAGUAUCACGGAAUUGAAUCAAAUCAAACCUUCCAUGAUGUAUCAUUAUAUUUUAUACAAAUUUGUGAAAAAUCCUGAAUAUGAUGAUCAUACGAGCUCAGAUAAAUUUGAAGAAUUUGUCACACAAUACAGUGAAAUGUGUGCCAAAGCGAAAUCAGAGUCCACAGAAGGAAUGCAAGAAUUUUAUUCAUGGACGGACAAGGAAAUUAGAAAAUUGAGAGACAAGGAAAAACCUCGAUCAUUCCUCAUCCAUCAAGCUGCAAAAUAUGAUCGAUCUUCCUUAAUUUUCGUUCUAGUAUCAAAAUACAAGUGUAAUAUAGCUGCUCCUGAUGAAUUUGAAUCGUCACCACUUCAUUGGGCUUGCAGUCACAGAGCAACUGAAGCCAUAAGCAUUCUUUGCCAAUUGAAAGCUAAAAUUAAUGUUCGAGACAAGUAUGGAAAGAGUCCAUUACAAUUAUUGAUUACAAGAGCUUGUCAAGAUGAAGAAGUUGGAGAUUUAGAAAGUGCCAGAAAAUGUUUCAAAGCUGCAAAAACCAUGUGCAGCAUGUUCGAAGGAGACUAUAACUUUAAAACAAGCGAUUCAAGCACUGUGUUACAUAUUGCAUGUGAAUUAGGCAAAAUUGAAACUGUGAAAUUCCUAGUGAGCGAAUCUGCUGAAGCUUCCAACAGUUCAUCGACUGCCAUUGCCUCACAAACAGGAAAUAAGGUCCUAUUGAAUGCAAAGGACAAAUUUGGAAGAACUCCAAUCAUGAGAGCUGCUGCCAAUGGACAUUUAAAUAUUGUCGAAUACAUUCUAUUGAAUACAAAUCCAGCAGUCGUAUUCGGACCCACUUCAAGAGAUGACAAGAAACAAAAUAUUCUUCAUCAUGCUGCCACUCAAGGAACAGAUCCUCUCAUUAACAGACUUGCCUUUUUAAAUCCAAGUGCUUGUGCUUCCAUGAUGAAAGAACAAGAUGCUCUAGGAAAUACUCCACUUCACUUGGCUGUACAAAAUGGAAAUGUGAAAACAGUGAAUUUAUUAUUGACACUUCUUCAUAAGGAUAGUAUGAAUGUUCAAAACGAGAAGGGAGAAACUCCUCUUCAUUUAGCUUGUAAACACAAAGAAAAGAAUAUUGCUGAGAAAUUAUGUGGAUAUUUGUAUCAAAGUGGAGCCAAUCCAUCUACAAAAGACAAGAUUGGACAAACACCAAAACAAUUGGCAACCGAUAAUGAUUUACAAGUAAGCUUUGUGAAGAAAAAAGAAGUAAAUUUUGGAAUCAUUGUGUUCACAUGA